AUGGCAAACACCGGGGGGGGCGUCGACUUGGAAGAGCCGAGCGUAGAGUACCCUUUUCGCUCGCUGGUCGAUUCGCUGUUGUGGAUUGCCUCGUUGACUAGGCCGGAUAUCGCGAAGUCGGUGAGAGCAGUGGCGAGGUACUGUAGUGCAUCGAAGUUGAUCCACUGGAAGGCUGCACUUGGCAUUUUAGGAUAUGCAGUUAGGACUAGUUCUUUGGGGAUUUCUUUUCAGAGGGGGACAGUUUCGGGAUUUUCUUUGAUUGCGUUUGUCGACACGGACUACGCUUCCCGUGCGGCAGACCGAGGGGCGAUUGCAUGGUUCUCCAAGACUCAAAAGUGUGUGACUUUGUCUACCACGCAGGCAGAAUACGUGGCGAUGGCGGACAUGGGGAAGGAGAUUUUGUUUUUGAGGCAGAUCGCAAAACACCCGAUCUCGAAUUCCAACUCGAAGCACAUCGACGUGCGGCAUCACUUCCUCAGGCAGCUCGUAGAUGAGAAGGAGGUAGAUAUCAUCCACGGAGCGUCGAAGUAUCAGCAUGCUGACUUCCUCACGAAGGCGCUACCUGAGAGAGAGUUGUUUCCCACCGGGACUACGUGAUGAACUUGAAGUGAAUAGUCCGGGAGAUCUUUUUCGUUUUUGGGUCUUGUGUCUUUUGUUUAUAUUUCUUUCGAUUUUUGGUUUUUGUCUUGAUUUGUGUGAUUUUCUGAGAAAUUGAGNUUUUUUUUUUUCUUUCGAUUUUUGUUUUUUUCUGUGUUGAUUUGUUUGAUUUUCUGAGAAAUCGAGUUCAAGAUUGACAGGUGGAAAUUGUCGCAUUUCUGGUUGAAUGGUUGGCAAUAAUGCAAACCGAUAGGAAUUCUAACGAAUGUUCCUGGUUUAAGGGUUUUAGUGUUGUGACAAGAAUAAUGCAGUUAGGGAUGAAGGGAAUGUCUUGCACAAAAUUUCAUUUCGGUCAGGUAUGUGGUAUGUAUGGGAUGACGAUAAGGAUAGUAUAUUUAAGGGUACCCAGACAAGGGAUUUUGACGCUGCUGGCUCUUUUCUCAUACUUGAUAACAGUACAAAGAAAGAAAACAACCUUCCCGCCGGAGGAACCUGGUCCGUUGUGCUAGUAUCAGUAGAGGAUAUCAUCAAGAGGCGUCGUGCGUGCUGGCACGUUCAGGUAUACUACUGGGGCUGAAAUAUCGAAGGUCGCAGCAGCCUCUGAAAACGGUCCGAAAUCUGCGCCGGAACCAAGCGGAACCCAACACUUGUCACAGCGGUGCUCACCACCACGGACCGCAAACCCCUCAACUGCGGGUUGUCAGCAGUAGCUGGUGGCAUCAGCUACUGCUGUAAACCUGCAGUUCAGAAGAUUGGGUUCAGUGGCGGCGAGCACAAGCAGUACAAGACACUGGGUGUCGAUCUAACUUGCGGAGAUUUGCGGAGAUUGUGGGCCACUUCAACGACACUCGAUACCACCACCACAGAAGAAGUUUUGAGCGCGCCAACACACCCCCCCGCUGCUAUAGGGUGUCCUCUAGUGAUAUUGGUACAAUGGACCAGGUUCCUAGUAAC